AUGGCCUCCGCAAUUCUUCAACCGAAUAAUACAUUAUAUGUGAAGAAUUUGGAUUGGAAGGUCAAGAAGAAUCUGCUGAAACGAGCCUUAUACGCGCUGUUUACGAGAUACGGAAAAGUGUUGGAAGUAGUUGCCCUCCGUAAAGACGGCCUUCGUGGACAAGCGUUCGUAAUUUUCGAAGAUGUUCAAGCCGCAACUGCAGCCUUGCAAGCUUUGCAGGGUUUUCCAUUUUUCGGAAAAGAUGUUGCGCUCGAGUACGCUCGGGAAACAUCCGAUCGCAUCGCCAAGCGUGAUGGAUCUUAUGUUCCCAAGGCUAGAAGAAUAAAGAAAGCAUUGGAUCAAAACGAAACUGAUAGCUCCGAAGCAAACAAGCAAGACAAUCAUCAGGCCAAAGAAGAGUCUGCCGUGGCGCCUCCGGAAGGAGAUAUGCCGUCUCCGCAAGACACAGCUCCGCCUUCCAAAUAUCUUUUGGCACAGAAUUUGCCAAGCGAUUGCAACGAGAUGAUGUUGGGAAUGCUGUUCCGACAGUACUCGGGAUAUAAGGAAGUUCGUAUGCCGCGGCCUGGCCUCGCUUUUAUAGAAUUUGAAGACGAGCCGCAUGCCACGCUGGCACGCAAUGCAUUGAACGGAUUUAAACUGACAACAAGUGAAAGCUUGCAGCUAGGGUACGGAAAAGAGUAA